AGCCGCCGAGCGCUGAUUGGCCGGAGCGAACGCAUUUAUUGCCUGACAAGCCCCCAUCACAUGGAUGGUUGUCUAUUAACUUGUUCAAAAAAGUAUCAGGAGUUGUCAAGGCAGAGAGAGAGAGUGUGUGUGUUUGCAAAAGGGGGUAAAGUAGUUUGCUGGCUCUUUAAGACCGAGGUGGAGAGAGAGAGAGAGAGGGGGAGAGAGAGAGAGAGAGAGCGGCAGGCAGAGAAAAGGGAAAAAGGAGGAAGAAGUUUUUUAAAAUCAAGACUCCGGCGGUAAUAAUAGCAGUUUUUAGCAUUAUUAAUCCAUCAGCGAAGAAGAAGAUCCUGAUCUUGAUCCAAGUGUGGUUUUGGGGAGUCCCCCUCCCCCCUUUCCUACCCCUCCCUAGGAAAAAAAAAAAAAAAAAGUCCGGCUUGGGACUCCGCUGCGGCUGCUCCUCGUUUCUCUGCUCAAGGCUGGUUCCAGCAAAAGUAGUUUGAAUGUACAACAUGAUGGAAACCGAGCUGAAACCUCCCGCCCCCCAGCAAACUUCGGGGGGAGGCACAGGCAACUCCAACUCGGCCGCCAACAACCAGAAGAACAGCCCGGACCGGGUCAAGCGCCCGAUGAACGCGUUCAUGGUGUGGUCCCGCGGGCAGCGGCGGAAAAUGGCCCAGGAGAACCCGAAGAUGCACAACUCCGAGAUCAGCAAGCGGCUCGGGGCGGAGUGGAAACUUUUAUCCGAGGCGGAAAAGAGACCCUUCAUUGAUGAAGCCAAGCGGCUCAGAGCUCUGCACAUGAAGGAGCACCCGGAUUAUAAAUACCGACCCCGGAGGAAAACCAAGACCCUCAUGAAGAAGGAUAAGUACACGUUGCCGGGGGGCUUACUGGCACCGGGCACCAAUACCAUGACGACUGGGGUCGGGGUUGGGGCCACCUUGGGAGCUGGGGUGAACCAGAGGAUGGACAGUUACGCGCACAUGAACGGCUGGACCAACGGAGGCUAUGGGAUGAUGCAAGAGCAGCUCGGCUACCCGCAGCACCCGGGCUUGAACGCGCACAACGCGGCGCAGAUGCAGCCCAUGCACCGCUACGACGUGAGCGCCCUGCAGUACAACUCCAUGACCAGCUCGCAGACUUACAUGAACGGAUCGCCCACCUACAGCAUGUCCUACUCCCAGCAAGGGACCCCGGGCAUGGCCCUGGGCUCCAUGGGCUCGGUGGUCAAGACGGAAUCCAGCUCCAGUCCCCCCGUAGUCACUUCCUCGUCUCAUUCAAGGGCUCCUUGCCAAGCUGGGGACCUUCGGGACAUGAUCAGCAUGUAUCUACCAGGUGCUGAAGUACCAGAACCAGCUGCCCCAAGCAGACUUCAUAUGUCCCAACACUACCAGAGUGCACCUGUUCCUGGCACAGCCAUUAAUGGCACACUCCCUCUAUCACAUAUGUAAGACAAAGGGGC